UCACCAAUUUUAUCUCCAUUAUUCUCUCGUUUUCUCUGUUCAGAAACUUAUCAUCAUCACAUAAUUUUGUUCCCAAAAAAAUGAUCUCAAUCAAAGCAUUAGCUGAAUCACCCGACCUAACUUCCGUUCCACCCACUUAUAUUGCAAACCCCAAAACUCCCAAUGAUGAAACUCAACCACAACUCGAACACUCACAACUCCAAAUCCCCAUCAUUGAUCUCUCCCUCCUCACCUCUGGUGAUCCAGAUCAACGGUCCAAAACCAUCACUGAACUAGGCAAAGCAUGUCAAGACUGGGGCUUCUUCAUGGUGACCAAUCAUGGUGUGCCAGAGAGACUGAUGAGUGGAGUGAUAGAAGGGUGUAGAGAAUUUUUUGAUCUGAGUGAAGAAGAGAAGCUUGAGUUUGAGGGUAAACAUGUUAUGGACCCAAUCAGAUACGGCACCAGCUUCAAUGCAUCGGUUGAGAAAGUUUCCUAUUGGAGGGAUUUUCUUAAGGUUCUUGUUCAUCCUCACUUCCAUUUCCCUAAUAAGCCAUCUGGGUUGAGUGAGAUUGCAUUAGAGUACUUGAAGCAGAUACGGGUAGUGGUGGUGAGCUUACUUGAAGGAAUAUCAAAGAGCCUAGACUUGGAAGACAAUUACAUAUACAAAACACUUAAUGUUGAUUCAAGUUUACAAAUAUUUAUAGCAAACCUAUAUCCUCCAUGUCCUCAGCCAGAGCUUGCAAUGGGGUUGCCACCUCAUUCAGACCAUGGCCUCUUGACCCUUCUUAUUCAGAAUGGAAUUGGUGGCCUUCAAAUUCAGCACAAGGGCAAUUGGGUCAAUGUGAAUCCUAUUCCCAAUUCCUUCUUGGUCAACACUGGAGACCACCUUGAGAUAUUGAGUAAUGGAAAGUACAAGAGUGUUGUACAUCGAGCCGUAGUGAACAGCAAUGACACAAGAAUUUCACUAGCCAUAGCAAAUGGACCAGCCCUUGAGACAGUUGUGAGGCCAGCAUCAAAGCUGGUUGAAAGCCAUUCACAAUCACCAGCAUUCAUUGGAAUCAAAUACAAGGAUUAUGUGCAACUUCAACAGAGUAACAACCUUUGUGAUAAGUCCAUCUUGGAUCGUGUUCGAAAUUAGUUGUGCUUUUUGUUUUUUUAUUUCAAAAAAGAAACUUAGUUAAACAAAUAUGAAAGAGAGUUUCUAUAAUGCAUCUUCCAAAAAAGACUGUAUUGGUGUACCCUCUUGUAUUUAUGGCAUAAUUUUUUUUAUAUAAUAUUGUAUAUUGUUAUUAUUUA